UUGUUUCUAGAGAGGACAAGGUGUAUGUUAAAAUAUGAAUGCUGAAGACACAUGUGAAAGUUCAGGAUAAUCCCACUUGCCACUCACAAGAUAUGAAACUUGAAAGAAUGCAUAAUUUUACUCACUGGAUUGUUGGUGGCAGAAGAGCAAUUCAUGUGAGCAGAGAAAGUAUGCAUGAAAAAUAAGCACCCGUGACUUCUCAUUUAGCAAUACAGACAAAUUCCUGAUCCUAUAUUCAAUUCAGUAUUUCCGCCUCUUAUUUGGGCAUCCAAAGUUCUCCCCCUCUUCCACGUAAAUUACGCCUUACUUUUGCUAAUGUUAAAUGCUACACAAUACCCCAUAAAUUCAAUUCCUUAGUUUUUUCUUCUUUCUCUCUGACUUUAUCAUUCCUUUAUCCAAUCCAAUCCCAACCGUAAAGUUGGUUUGUCCUCACCUCACCUAUUAACUUCCAUUUUGGCGCAGUUGAUCCCGUGAAUAACUUCUCUCUCAACCAACAACAAACAAAAUUUUCUUCUCUAUAAGAACGCCCCAGUUCAGCACGAGUGAGUGUUAUAAUAUAACACAUAACAAUGCCUUAUUCCAUCACUUUGGCCCUCUACUUCAUUUUGCCUUUCUUUACCUUAUCUUCCUCUGCUUUCACUUCUCAACAUUACUCUACUGCUCUUCAGUAUUCCAUUCUCUUCUUUGAGGGACAGCGAUCCGGGAAGCUUCCCUCGAACCAACGUCUCACAUGGAGAGGAAAUUCUGCCUUAUCAGAUGGCUCCUCUUAUCAUGUUGACCUUGUUGGUGGCUACUAUGAUGCUGGGGAUAAUGUCAAGUUUGGCUUGCCAAUGGCCUUUACUACUACAUUGUUGGCUUGGAGUGUCAUUGAGUUUGGUGACUCGAUGGGGAACGAGAUUGAGAAUGCAAGAGAAGCAGUCCGUUGGGGGUCGGAUUAUCUAUUGAAGGCUGCCACCGACGCGCCUAAUGGCUUAUAUGUUCAAGUGGGAGAUCCAAACCUUGAUCAUAAAUGUUGGGAAAGGCCAGAAGAUAUGGACACACCACGCACUGUGUAUAAGAUAACUGCUCAAAACCCAGGCUCCGAUGUGGCAUCAGAGACUGCAGCUGCAUUGGCUGCAGCUUCGAUUGUGUUCAAUACAUCCGAUCCUUCAUAUUCCAACAAAUUGCUUGACGCGGCCUUAAAAGUAUUCGAUUUUGCAGACAAGCAUAGAGGUGCUUACAGUGAUUCCCUCCAUUCAGUGGUCUGUCCAUUUUACUGCUCUUACUCAGGAUACAAUGAUGAGCUUCUAUGGGGUGCCUCAUGGAUAUACAAAGCCUCAAAAAACAGCAUACAUUUGAACUAUAUCCAGUCCAAUGGCCAUAUACUGGGAGCUGAUGACGACGACUACACGUUCAGCUGGGACGACAAGCGCCCGGGAACCAAAAUCCUUCUCUCCCAGGAUUUCCUAGUGCAAAAUUCAGAGGAGUUCCAAAUCUAUAAAGCACACUCAGAUAACUACAUAUGCUCCCUCAUUCCAGGAACUUCCAGUUCUAGUGGUCAAUAUACUCCUGGAGGACUAUUUUUCAAAGGAAGCGAGAGCAACCUGCAAUAUGUAACUUCAGCAGCCUUCCUCCUUGUAACGUACGCGAAAUACCUAAGCUCCAACGGAGGAGCAAUUCGAUGUGGAACUUCAAGGAUUUCACCAGAAGAACUAAUCGCAGAGGCAAAGAAGCAAGUUGAUUACAUAUUAGGAGAAAAUCCAGAGAAAAUGUCAUACAUGGUGGGAUUUGGAGAACGAUACCCUCAGCAUAUUCACCAUAGAGGCUCCUCUGUGCCGUCUCUUCAUUCGCGCCCUAAUCAAGUUUCUUGCAAUGAAGGCUUCCAGUUUCUGUACUCUUCUUCCCCCAAUCCGAACGUGCUCGCUGGCGCCAUUGUUGGUGGACCUGAUAAUGGCGAUAAGUUCUCCGACGAUCGCAAUAACUAUCAGCAGUCGGAGCCCGCCACUUACAUAAAUGCCCCAUUCGUUGGCGCCUUGGCCUAUUUUUCAAAAACGCCCUAAUGGAUAAUCCACCCUUUGGGCGGAGGCUAAGAAGGAAGGAGAGAGAGGUCAUUUUGGACAUUUGUCUUACGAGUCUCGGUUUAGGGUUUAGGUCGGGGUCGGUCGAUCCAAAGUUCAAAUCUCCACUUCUUUUAUUGAGCUAAAAAUAUAUAUAUUAACGUUUUAAG